AUGGACAUCAAGUUUUGCAAGACCAACCUCUCAUUGAGCACAAGGAGUUGGAUGGGAGAUUCCAAUUCAAGUUCACACAUCCAUUGGUGGACCUCCAAGCUUCUCCUGCCCAACCCUGAGCUCACCACAGGUCUAGGGGUGAGAACAUUGACUUCAGACCCCCUGUGCUCCAAGGAUGAACCCCUCUGUUGUGGCUGCCACAAGAGGAUUGGACUUCUCCAAAAGUUCAACAAAUGGCAAGGGAAAGCCAUUGAGAAGAUGCAAAAGUCCAUGGACAAGAUGGUGAGCAAGAUCAAAAGUUUGGAGAAGAAGGUUUCUGGUUCUUCAAGCAAGAAGAAGAAGUCCAAGGCCCCCACAUUCCCUAGGAGUAGAUCACUCCUCACCACUCCAAGGAGGCUCCCUGCCCAAGAGCCUCACAGAGCCUCUUCUUUCGAGCCAAGGGAAGGAGAAGACAACACGCAGAGAAGGAGGAAGACUUCCAAGGCCAGACGCUCCAGCUCGACCACCGGACUCGAUCGAGUCCAAACAGAGGAAACUCAACUCGAUCGAGCUGAGGGUCGAGCUGACCUGGAGGAGCCCCUGUUUGAGAACCGGAUUCGAGUACGAUCAACGCAGUACCAGGACUUCUCCCAGACCAUGGACCCCUACAACAGUUCGAGCAAGCCAGCUCCACCAAGGCCAAGGAAGCCACACCACUUUGAAGAUGAAGAAGAAGAAGAGGAGAGCCGCAAGCUCGAUCGAGUGAGCCGCAACCCAGUUGCAUGGAGUGCUCCUGAUGGCCGUCUCCAUCUCCAGACCACGACCUAG